AUGUUGCAGAUCUCAACUACUGCGGCACCCACGAGCCUUGCCAGAACGGAGGAACCUGUGAGAACACCCACCCAGAUCAGUACCUCUGCAGUUGUCCGGAAGGAUUCUCCGGUCUCAACUGCGAGGUCAUCGAGAACCCAUGCGUUACCGGGCCGUGCGCUAAUGGUGGGCGGUGCGUACAAAGCGGUGCCCAGUUCCACUGCUCUUGCCCGGACGGUUGGAGCGGUCUCACUUGUGAAAUCAGGCCUUGCUACCUGGGGGUGGGGCCUACCUACUAACCAGCCUAAAAAAUAUUUUACUCUUCUGUCACCCCUUUCUUCUAGACCGAUCUGUCGCUUAUCCAUGACUAUUACCACUUCACCAGACGCCUCCUGUUUUCCUAUCCCAUGUAAACAGCCAAAAUAUAGUCCACUGCACCACAUAGAUGAGUGUGCUUCAGUUCCAUGUCAAAACGGGGCCACUUGCGUGGACCUAGUGAAUGGAUAUAAAUGUUUGUGUCCAUCUGGAUGGGAAGGAUACAAUUGUCAGUAUGUCAUGGAUAAUUGCAGUGUUGCUAUACCAUCAAAUAUAACUGGUAGUACAAUUCUAGUACCAUCUGGCAUUUGUGGUGACCAUGGUCACUGUUUCAGUCUUCCUGCUGGAGGAUUCAAAUGUUCUUGUGAUCCAGGAUAUGCAGGAAAAUUUUGUCAUGAAACAAGGAUAAAUGCCUGCAAACCUAAUCCAUGUGAAAAUGGUGGAACGUGUGUAAAUACUGGAACAACAUAUAAAUGUAUAUGUCAAGAAGGCUAUGAAGGAACUCAUUGUGAAAGAGAUAUAAAUGAUUGUUCAUCUUCUCCUUGUUACAAUGGAGGUAAAUGUAGUGAUGGUGUCAAUUGGUUUCUCUGUGAAUGUGCUCCUGGAUUCGCUGGACCUGACUGUCGAAUCAACAUUAAUGAAUGUUCUUCAAAUCCAUGUGGUUUUGGUGCCACUUGCGUUGAUAACAUUGCAUCAUUCACCUGUCUUUGUCCGCCUGGUAGAACAGGAUCAACAUGUCAGCAAGUAGAAGAAAGUGUCUUGACAAGUGGAGUUUGUGAAUGGAAAGGCCAAUAUCUGAGUAACAAUUCACAUUGGAAGGAUGAUUGCAACCAAUGUCAUUGUCAUGACAAUAUUGUUACUUGUACUAAAGUUUGGUGUGGACUCCCCAACUGCCUUCAACGAUCUUUUACCUGUUCCCACAGUGAGGUUUGUGUACCAUGGGUAAGAGAAAGGUGUAUCUCAAGAGGAUGUGAAGGAUGGGGUGAAUGCAGAGCUCUUCUAAGUGGAAAACUAGUAGGUCCUCCACCAUUGCGAUCACCAGACACCUGCUGGCCUAACCAAGCAACCUUGAGUAGUUCCUGUGCCCUUUUAUCACUGACUGUUGCAACACAAACACUUCCUCAAGGAAUCAGUUCAGAAACUGUUUGCAGGGAACUACGAUCAUUACUAGCUACUACACAUGCAUCACAUCAUGGUGUAAUCAUACUUUGUGACAUCAAAACAGGAACUAAUGAUACAAUAGAAGUUACUAUGUGGUCUGGUGAAGAAGGUGGUGAUGGAGUAAAAGAAGCUGUCCGUGUCUUAGGUGAAUUAAUCAGUCAUAAGCAAACAAAUUCAUUGACAAUUUUGACUUCAGUGGUUGAAGUAAAUGUAGAAACCGCUUUAGUAUCAAAACAUGAAGAAGGAAGAAAUUUGUACUGGGGAACAUCUAUUAUCAUAAUUAUAUUGCUGGUAUUAGUUGCCUGUAUUAUGUGUGGUACAAUGUAUUGGCAAAAACAGAAAAUGUAUGCUAAUCAAAGAGAUCCUUGUAGCAGAAAUCAUGAUGAUGAAAAAUCAAACAAUCUGCAAAAUGAGGAAAACCUUCGUCGCUACACAAACCCUUUAAAAGAAGAGGGUGGAAGUGUUGCUGAAGUUUCCUCAAGAGUCAGUGUUGUAAGACCUCUUUCAACAUCUUCUAAUGACGUUUUAGAAAUGAUUUGUGAUGAAAAACCAAGUUCAAGUCAAAUACUGUUAUAUAAGUCUCAAAAUUCUUGUUCAGAUGCAAAUAUAAACAAAGAUUUUGAUUGUAAAAGAAUAAAUUUGACUGUAGUUACUCCUGUUCAAAGGACGUUAAAAGAAGAAAAACAGAAUUCUAGUGAUGUCUUAACUGUUCUCGUAUAGGUGUUAAUUAAAAAUAUGUAUUUAAUUAGAACUACAAAACUAAAUAUAAGGUUAAGGUG